AUGGAAGAUAACACCAAGGUAUUUACCCUUGAGGCCGAGCUGGAAGGAGCGGAGAUGGUCGGCGAAGAUGUCGUAACUGUCGAUGCUGUGGAUGCCACCACACCGGAAGAGACAGAGACAGUCGGCGGAGAUGUCGUAGCUGAUGGUGUGGUUGUGGUGAAUGUCGCGGACACCACGCCAGAAGAGGCAGUGACUGUCGGCGAGAACGUCGUAGCAGUCGAUGCUGUGGAUACGGUGAAUGUCGCGGACACCACGCUAGAAGAGGCGGAGACUGUCGGCGGAGAUGUCGUAGCUGAUGGUGUGGUUGUGGUGAAUGUCCCUCACACCACGCUAGAAGAGGCAGAGACUAUCGGCGAGAAUGUCGUAGCAGUCGAUGCUGUGGAUAUGGUGAAAGUCGCGGACACCACGCCAGAAGAGGCAGAGACUGUCGGCGAGAAUGUAGUAGCUGUCGAUCCUGUGGUUGAAAUGAAUGUCACGGACACCACACCAGAACUGGCAGAGACAGUCGGUGCCAAAAAGCAGGGCCGACUGACCAAGUUCUUGAAUAGACUCCGCUCUGUGAAAAAGUCUAAGGAUGAGCCCCUUACUCCUACUGAGAACGGCGCCGGGGAGGAAGGAGCCGGCAGAGUUGCACUCACAGAAGAAGCUAUCAAAAAGAAGGCUAGAUUCUUUAAGUGGCGCGCGGAAAAACUCAAGUCCAAGGUUGAGCCUUUUGCGACUGUUGACAACGGCGCCGGGGAGGAAGGAGCCGGCAAAGUUACAGAAGAAGCUAUCAAAAAGAAGGCUGGAUUCUUCAAGUGGCGCGCAGAAAAACGCAAGUCUAAGGCUGAGCCUCUUGCGACUGUUGACAACGGCGCCGGGGAGGAAGGAGCCGGCAGAGUUGCAGAAGAGGCUAUUAAAAAGAAGGCUGGUUUCUUCAAGAGGCGCGCGGAAAAACGCAAGGCCAAGAAGGAAGCCAAGAAGGCCGCAAAGAAGGCCGCGGCCGACUCGGCGGAGGAGGAACCAGCCCGGGGCCGGAGUUUUUGGAGUGUGGUCUUUGGCCGCCUCCACUAA